GACACAGAGAAACUUGCGGAUAGCAUUUUAAGAUAACUUAUAAUGAAUAUUUACAUCUGCAUGAUGCUCAGUUCGGGUUCCGACCUGAAUUGUCCACGGAGAGUGCAAUUCUCAGCUUAAAACACACUGUCCAAUAUUACACGGAGCGUCGAACGCCAAUUUACGCUUGUUUCCUGGACUUGUCGAGGGCGUUCGACCUCGUAUCGUAUGAUGUGCUUUGGGACAAGCUGCGAAGAAAUGGUGUUCCAGCUGAACUGUUGCGCAUUUUCCAGUUUUGGUACCUUAACCAGAUGAACAAUGUUAGGUGGGCUGACAAGUUAUCGGAGUCGUAUGGGUUGGAAUGCGGAGUGAGGCAGGGGGGACUCACCUCGCCCCGUCUAUUUAACCUGUACAUAAAUGAUCUGAUUGUUAGGCUCAGCAACAAAAAAGUCGGGUGCCGUAUAGAUGAUGUUUCUGUGAAUAACAUCAGCUAUGCGGAUGACAUGGCGUUGCUGAGCCCGACGAUUAGAGCUCUCAGGGAGUUACUUGGCACUUGUGAGGAGUACGCUAAAACACACGGCUUAAUUUAUAAUGUGAAAAAGAGCGAAUACAUGGUUUUUGGGGCCGCCGGUGGCAAAAUACCUGAUUCCAUACCGUCAAUUAAACUUAACGGCAAUGAACUGAAACGAGCUUACGCAUUUAAAUACCUUGGCCAUUUUGUUACCGACGAUCUCAAAGAUAACUUAGAUAUUGAAAGGGAAAGAAGGGCGCUGGCAGUUAGAAGCAACAUGUUGGCCCGGCGAUUUGCACGUUGUAGUAAGCAAGUAAAAGUGACAUUAUUUAAAGCUUACUGUCAAGUCUUCUACGCGUGUAAUCUAUGGGCCAGCUUUACGCAGAGAGCUAUAAGCGUCCUUCGAGUACAAUAUAAUAACGGGUUCAGGAUGCUGAUGGGGCUGCCGCGGGCCUGCGGUGCCUCGGGUAUGUUUGCGCAAGCUAGACUAGAUGACUUUUAUGCCAUUAUGCGCAAAAAGACUGCCUCGAUGCUCUGCAGGCUGCGGGCCAGCCCCAACUCCAUUCUGAACAUUAUGGCGGCGAGGUAUGACUCGCCAUGCAUGCGCCACUUUGCCCAGGUGCUGAUCAGCAGGAGAUAAUUUUUCUGUUGGUCAGACACUAAUUGUUUAGAUGUAAGUUUGUGCACUAACAUAGAUAUAAGAAUUCUAUUGUUACUAACAAAUUUGGACCAAUGUAGUC